CAAGCUUGUUGGGGAGGGUUGGAGAGGUGGGAUGGAGGAAAAGGGGGAGGUCCAACCCUGCAGUGUUACCGACUUCUUCAUUGGCAUAGGAGAGAGUUGUGUUCAUCUGAAUGGUUGUGGAUGUUGAGUCCAUCUGUUCCUUCCCUUUCCCUCAUCUUGCGAGGUAUUGCCACGUCGGCGAGGUGUGACAUCAACUGCCACCGUACCAGCAUAGCACGCAUUGGCCGCCUCACCUACACCCGCACUUAUCCUGUGGUGCUGGUGCAGAGCGACGGCUCCACCAUCAACAUCAGAUACCACGAGCCUCGCAAAAUUAUUAAGCUGCCCCUGGACCUGGCGACACUCACCGAUGCCGAACGCAAGAAACGGAUUGAUGCUCGAAAGCCAAGAGUAAAGGUGGUCAUCGAAGAAGACAUUGAAGAUGACUUCAAAGUUACUAAUUAUGAACACCUAUGGAAGAAAUAACAGUUUGUUUUAAAUGUAUAAGGAACUUUCUUGUAUGUGUCUGUAUUUAAUCUCCAAACUGUUGUAUAUAUUAGUAAAACAAAAUGUUAUGCAUUAUAUAUUGUAACUCUUCACCCUGCUGUAGAAUGCCAAUAAUACAUAUAUUUAAUA